AUGCCCGCCUGGACUUGUCAGUACGUCGACGAGCACAAGAGCGUCAUUUGGGAGUGUGAUCGAGAACGCAGCAUCGGUCACCUCUACAAGGAAUUUAGAGGACGGACUCGCGAUGCUCUCUUCUAUGAGCUCCAGCAGCGCUUUCCCCUCGCCUCGCGCAUGAUCAACAAACUCAAACUAGACGAGGCAAAAGCAUGGGCAGCUGCCUUGAACGGCACCCCCUUGAGCAACGGAAUUCGACUCUCCGCAGCCGAUCUGCUUGCUGAGGUUGCCGCGUUCAGCUUUGUCGAGCCGUGCCACACCGCACGUCAAGGACGGCUGAUUGUCAAGCUUCACUUUCAAAAUUGCGAUGAAGACAUGGGUGGGGAAGACCCUGAAGAUGAGGAGAUGGCCGAGGAAGACGCUGAAGAUGAGGAGAUGGCCGACGAAGAUGAAGACAUGGGCGGGGAAGACCCUGAAGAUCAAGAAAUGGCCGACAAAGAUCAAGAAGUGAGACAAAAUGAUGCUGAAGAUGAGGAGAUGGCCGAGAAUGAAGAUGAGGAGGCGGAGGAGCAGGCGGAGGAGGAAGAUGAGGAGGAGGAGGAGGAAGAUGAGGAGGAGGAAGAAGGUGAGGAGGAAGAAGGUCAGAACACCACGCAAGACGUUCAUCGGGAUGCAGACCCAAAGCAAACAGAAGCGGAGACGCUGGCGGCCAAAAAAGCAGCAAGAGCAUUGCGACGGGCGACUGCUGCUCUCAAAGGGACGCUAGCAGCAGAGGACGAGGCAGCCGCAGUCGUUAAGCAGGGCAAACAGCAUCUUCGUAAGAAGCGCAAGGCUGAUACGGAGAAAAAGCGCCGGGCAAGAAAGAAGCUGGAAAAGCUGAAGAAGCUGGAAGAGCAGAGGCGAGCGGCUGAAGCGAAACAGACGCGCAAAAAAGAGCUCAAGAAGCUUGGGCAAACGCUGGUCAACAGGCAUCGCUCCGAUCUUCGCAAGAAAGCAACCCUUGCUGCGCUGACAUUGCCAAAGCCCCUAGUGCGCUCCUCCUCGAGUCCUCCGUCUGCAGCGCAGAAGCACUUUGAAGCGAGAGUGGCACGCUACCUGGAGAAGCGCAAGCACGGCGAUGUAUUUGCGUGGACCAUGGUCGAUGUCUUGCUGUCGCUGGCAGGGUAUUCUUCCAAUGACCAAGUGCCAACACCAUCGCUGGAUCGCGCAUUUCAGGCGGUGGUGGAUGUUUGGUUAAAAGCCCUCAAGUCGAACGACUGCGCUGCACCGCCUGCUGCCGCUGCCACGAUCACCCCUCAGAGCGCCAAGGCACACCUCGGAAAGGCCUUUGGCUUGGUCAAGAUGGAUGAAAGCGGGGCUUCCAACACGCUCAACAUCCUGUUGCGAGUUGCUGGAGGGCUAUUCUGCGCCAGGCACAAGCUCCACGAAAUAAUGCACCAGAAGCCGACAAGAGAAGCGACCGCCUUGAUGGACUUGGUGGUCAAUGCCGGCACGUGGACCAUCUUGCCCGUCUUGGGAGCAUCUUCCGUUCGCAUUCGUUCCUUGUUGGCACAAGGCUGCAGCCAAGGGGUAGCGUCAGACUUUUUUUCUGGCACUUUGCCUCGCAUGCCAGAUGACGAGGCCGUCAAUUACUCGUCUCUGAGCGAUUGUGCCUGCGCAUUUCAGCAACUUUACGUUCUGAAGACUCACAUCUUGGAUCCGCUGCUUCGCAAGUUGCACCACCACCUCCCGCCUGCAGUGCACGUGUGCGAUGGAGCAGUGGUCAUCUCUCUCGCAACGUGCCUGCAGACUGCUAGCAAGGACAGGAAGACCCUUGAUCCGCUCUUCAAAUCGUCCUCGAUCAAAGAGCACCCGUCGUGGGACAAGGGGGUGCAGAUCCAUCGCAAGUGCCAGGAGACGACGUACUACUCUUGUCCGUUGAUGAAAACGCCGGCGCUGCGAGAGACGCAGCAAGAAGAGACUCGGUCGGCAUUUCAUAAAGAUGUUCUUGCGCAACUGGAGACCGAACCGCCGGUCGCUGGACCUUCUGCUCUGGCCGAGCUUGACCUCACACUGGAGCAUUUCCGUGGCGCGCGAGGUGUUUCAUUUAUCACCCCGGUCAAGACUGUGGACAGGGCCAUUCCAGACUUUAGGUUCGGCGGGAUGGUGAGCAUACCGGCAGAGCUGCAAGAUCGCGAGGCUAUGGAGGCACACGAGCAUCUUGCCGCACUGCUCAGCGGCAAGGCGCCCUAG